AUGUCCCCAUCCCUGUUUGCGUCAAAUUCUGCUGUCGGCGCUCGUGAUUUGGAGAAGCUACCGGUGUCUGAGAUCCGCACCGAGCAAUUGAGUCCUGCUGGAUUCCACAGCACCGAGUUCCAAAUCAGGUUUGGAGAUCACCGCUACGAGUACGAUCCUACGACCGAGACCACCACGUUCAAGAUGCCCGGCAAGGUACACCAAGAAGGCGUCCGAGUCGCCACUGCCCUCAUCUCUCAAUCUCUCGAGGCCAAGAAGGAACAGCUCCGGGUUCAACCAAACGGCGUCGGCAAGGCAUUUCUGGACGGAAUCCGCCCAAGCGGCAGCAUAAGUCUCAAGCUGAUCAACGGCUGCUACAAGGUGCCCGACCAAAGCUUCGCCGACGGCAAUUCGACUGUGCAGCCGAGCGUGAUCGUCCUGGUGGCUUCUUCCACACAGACAUGGGACGAUGUCCAGGACGAGGCGGAGGACUACAUCAUUGGCACAACCGGCCUCGUUCGCGCCGUAAUCACGGUCAAGCUUGCGGUAGUUGAGGGUUGCAACAAGCUACAGGCUAGAGGGGGUAUGCGCAUCGGGCUGAUCCGUCCGAUGUUUAGCAAUGGUUUUUUCACGACAUCCCUCGAAUUCGACGAGUUGAUUCAGGGAUCUGACAGCCUGCCUCGUGACCAUAAUGGCGAUGGCAACACCAUCGAUGCACAAGCCAUGACGCUCGACCUCGCCGACUUUGCCAAUCCCGACAACCACGCCCACAUAUCUGCUUUGAAUGAGAAGAUUGAGAUCCCCGUGUCCAAGUUCCAAGGCCUGAUGCGCGAACUGGAGGCCAUCUGCUGUCAGCAACGCGAGUUUGAGUUCCCUCCUCUCCCAGACGGCGUGAUCCCGAUGAAACAACGGCAGGCUGCUUAG